GGGAGGAGCGGCGAGGAGACGAGGCGGGGGAAGUGCCAGGAUCGUGCUCGCGCGUGCGCGCCCCCGCGAGCCCCUGGCGGGAGGAGAGCGGAGCCCAGGGCCGGACCCCCGAGCCCCGGAGCCCGCCGAGUCCGGAGCCGUCACCCCAGGGUGGGGACGGAGCCGAGGGACUAAGCGUGACGGCGGCAUUUGGAGCGAGGGAGCGACGCCCGACGAGGCGAGCAGGUUGUGAACAAUGGCUGUGUGGAUCCAAGCACAGCAGCUCCAAGGAGAUGCCCUCCACCAGAUGCAAGCAUUAUAUGGUCAGCACUUCCCCAUCGAGGUGCGGCAUUACUUAUCCCAGUGGAUUGAGAGUCAAGCUUGGGACUCAAUAGAUCUUGAUAAUCCACAGGAGAACAUUAAAGCUACUCAGCUUCUAGAGGGUCUGAUCCAGGAGCUGCAGAAGAAGGCUGAGCACCAAGUGGGGGAAGAUGGGUUUUUACUGAAGAUCAAGCUAGGGCAUUAUGCAACUCAGCUUCAGAGCACUUAUGACCGCUGCCCCAUGGAGUUGGUCCGAUGCAUCCGGCACAUCUUAUACAAUGAACAGAGGCUGGUCCGAGAAGCUACCAACUGCAGUUCCCCCGCCGGAAACCUGGCCGACGCCAUGUCCCAGAAGCACCUGCAGAUCAACCAGACCUUUGAGGAGCUGCGGCUGGUCACGCAGGACACAGAGAAUGAGCUGAAGAAGCUGCAGCAGACUCAGGAGUAUUUCAUCAUCCAGUACCAGGAGAGCCUCCGAAACCAGGCUCAAUUUUCCCAGCUGUCACAGCUGAGUCCCCAGGAGCGCUUGACAAGGGAGACAGCCCUUCAGCAGAAGCAGGUGUCCCUGGAGGCCUGGCUGCAGCGGGAAGCCCAGACUCUCCAGCAGUACCGGGUGGAGCUGGCAGAGAAACACCAGAAGACCCUCCAGCUGCUCCGGAAGCAGCAAACUGUCAUUCUGGAUGAUGAGCUGAUCCAGUGGAAGAGAAGGCAGCAACUGGCUGGGAAUGGAGGGCCCCCGGAGGGCAGCCUGGAUGUGCUGCAGUCUUGGUGCGAGAAGCUAGCGGAGAUCAUCUGGCAGAACCGGCAGCAGAUCCGGAGGGCUGAGCAUCUCUGCCAGCAGCUGCCCAUUCCUGGCCCCGUGGAGGAGAUGCUGACGGAGCUCAAUGCCACCAUCACAGACAUCAUCUCUGCCCUGGUGACCAGCACCUUCAUCAUCGAGAAGCAGCCCCCGCAGGUCCUGAAGACGCAGACCAAGUUUGCAGCCACAGUGCGACUGCUGGUGGGAGGGAAGUUGAAUGUGCACAUGAACCCCCCCCAAGUCAAGGCCACCAUCAUCAGCGAGCAGCAGGCCAAGUCUUUGCUGAAGAACGAGAACACACGAAAUGAUUACAGCGGUGAGAUUUUGAACAAUUGCUGCGUGAUGGAGUAUCACCAGGCAACAGGCACCCUCAGUGCACACUUUCGGAACAUGUCCUUAAAACGUAUUAAGAGGUCGGACCGUCGUGGUGCUGAAUCAGUAACAGAAGAGAAAUUUACAAUUUUGUUUGAGUCGCAGUUCAGCGUUGGUGGGAAUGAACUGGUUUUUCAGGUCAAGACCCUCUCCCUCCCUGUGGUGGUGAUUGUUCAUGGUAGCCAAGAUAAUAAUGCUACAGCCACUGUUCUCUGGGAUAAUGCUUUUGCAGAACCUGGCCGGGUGCCGUUUGCUGUGCCUGACAAAGUACUGUGGCCCCAACUGUGUGAGGCUCUCAACAUGAAGUUCAAGGCAGAAGUCCAGAGCAACCGAGGCCUGACAAAGGAAAAUUUAGUGUUCCUGGCUCAGAAGCUGUUCAACAGCAGCAGCAACAACAUGGAGGAUUACAACAGCAUGGCCAUCUCCUGGUCCCAGUUCAACAGGGAAAACUUACCUGGACGGAAUUACACUUUCUGGCAGUGGUUUGAUGGAGUGAUGGAAGUGUUAAAAAAACAUCUCAAGCCUCAUUGGAAUGAUGGGGCCAUCUUGGGUUUUGUGAAUAAGCAACAAGCCCAUGACCUACUGAUCAACAAACCAGAUGGGACCUUCCUUCUUCGAUUCAGUGACUCUGAAAUUGGGGGCAUCACCAUUGCUUGGAAGUUUGAUUCUCAGGAAAGAAUGUUUUGGAAUCUGAUGCCUUUUACCACUAGAGACUUCUCUAUCCGAUCCCUGGCUGACCGCUUGGGAGAUCUGAAUUACCUUAUCUACGUGUUCCCUGAUCGGCCAAAAGAUGAAGUAUACUCCAAGUAUUACACACCAGUUAUGUGUGAAUCUGCCACUGCUAAAGCUGUGGAUGGAUAUGUGAAGCCACAGAUCAAGCAGGUGGUCCCAGAGUUUGUCAGUGCUUCUGCAGAUUCUUCAGGGGCCAGCGCCACCUACAUGGAUCAGGCCCCAUCCCCAGCAGUGUGCUCCCAGUCUCAUUAUAAUAUGUAUCCACAGAACCCUGACUCUGUCCUUGACCCAGAUGGGGAUUUUGACCUGGACGACACUAUGGAUGUAGCAAGACAUGUUGAAGAACUCUUGCGCCGACCAAUGGACAGUCAGUGGAUUCCCCAUGCUCAGUCGUGACCCCUGACCCCUCCACCCCAUAGCUCUUCAGCCCCUGCCCGGAGGAUCGCUCUUGUGGAUGUUUAAUUCCAUGAAUCGCUUCUCUUUGGAAAUAAUACUCAUAAUGUGAAGUGUUAAUACUAGUUGUGACUUUAGUAUUUCUGUGCAUGGUGAUGCCAGUGGGGUGGGUGUGAGUGUGUGUGUGUGAGUGUAUGUGUGUGUAUGUAUAUUCAAGUGAGGUAUUGUUCUCCCCCUUCCCUCCUUUCUGUCCAGGAUUUGGCUUUGUUGUCAGGACCUUAGGGACUGUGGCCAAUUUCUCUUUACUAAAAGCCAGUUCCUGGGAAAGGCUGAGCUUUGGCUUUGGGAGGGUGGGGAUGGGUAGGGGUGGAAGGGAGGUUGCACCUCCUAAUCAAUGACUUAUGUUGCUGUUUCAGCCAAAUAUUAGUCCAAAAAGUUAACAAUGGUUGCCUUUAACUAUCCUCUGAAUUUUUGAUCACUGCCUUUUCACAGAAAAAGCGAGGUUUUCUUUCUUUUUCUAGGUCGGAGUGGGAAAUUAUGACAGUUUGAAAAGAUAAAUGGAGUGGGGGAAGAGUUGUGGGUUUUCUGUUGGGGAUUGAUCUUUUUCAAAUACCACGUAGCAUAUACAGGUUCACCUUUUUGUGUGGAUUUGCUCCAUUGAUGGAGUGAGCACCCAUGUAUGCAUGAAUGUUUAGGGUUGUGUAUGUUUGAAAUGGGCAUAAGAAAGACUAGCCAUAUAUUGUACAUCCUUGUAAUAUUAUUAUUAUUAUUAUCCCAGUGCAUUUGGGCUGUAGUGGAAUACUAGAUAUUAACUUCCCAGAGUUAAAAACAGUAAUUUGUUAUCUGGGAUUACCCACAAUUUGAAUUUGAUCAUUCAAAGACUUUUCCUUCUCUGCUCAUUCUCUGAAUGUUGGAUACUAAAGUGUGAGGGUUUGGUUUGGUUUUGGUUUGUGGUUUUUUUUGGUUGCUGUUGUUUUUUUAGGAUCACUUUAAGGGUUAUGGAUUUUAUAAAUGUUAGAUGCCCUUUUGUUUUUUCUAAAAUGUAUCCCCUUCAUUUCCCUCCUACCUCUCUCUACUCAUGUGUCAUCAGAAUUGUCUCUUUUCACCCCAGGUCCUAUGGCAGUCACACCCAUUGUCACUUGCAUUUCCUUCCAGUGUUUACACCAGUGUCUUGAAGAUUUGAUGGCAUGAAUGUCAUCUGAACCAAAGGCUAGCUUGUUGAAUUUGAAGUCUGUGGUCCACCCAUGUGUGGUUGUGGGCAGUGAUAGAGGUUUGAGGGGUUUGGUUUAUUUGUGAUGUUUUUGGUUUUGUUUUGGUAAACAGGGAAAAAAAAAGGGAAAAUGAAAUUAAGCCUAGCAUAAUUUUGACUCAUGGCAAUUUCUUUGGUAGCUUCUUCCUACUGAAGAGAUGUGGGCUAUGGCUGGGGUGUGUUGCUGGACAUAGGUUGGGGAAUGAGCAGACACAGCCUAUGGGUGAGGCCUAUGAGGUUCUUCCCCCAACCCCCUCUCUCCAAGAGAAGGGCACAUGGCCAUACCCAGGAGAGUUAUGUCACUAAAAACCUUAUUUUUAUACUUGCUAGUAAAUAAACAGAUAUUUUUUUAACAAAAAAGUUAUGAAUUUAUCAAGUAUCUUGAUGUUGAUGGAGAAAUAUUCCUCUUUAGUAAAGUAUUUAUUGGAAGGUAACUUUUUAAAAGCCGCUGUGUGUUGGCCUUGGCUCAGUUUUAUAUGUUGAUUACUUUUUAACCUGGGCAUCCAUACCUUGGCACUGCCAGGCAGUAGGAGCAUCUCUUUGCCCUUCCUGGGAGUAGACCAAACUCUCCAGAAACACCAGCAUUGGCUGUGGGAUGCUGUUCACCUCAGGAGGUGGGCUUAACUAGGACUCUAGUCCUGAAGUUGGAGGAUGGGGGGAAAGAGGAAGGGGAAAGUCCAUGUUUCCUAGGUACCUGGGCCUUUGAUAAAAAUCCACAAAAUGACUCUCCAGCUUUCUCACUUCUGGAUUCCCCUUCUCGGGCCUGAAGCCUGGAGGAGUGCGGCAUGAGAAUUCAAUUCAUGUUUUGGCAGCCUGUGCCCACCAGGGGGCAACAUCACAAUAGCAUCAAAUCUGAGAUGGUCUGGGAAAGAGCUGAACAAGGGGAAACCAUAGAAAUGUGUCUCUCUUUCCUGGCCUCCGCCCAGUUUCUUGCUGAAGAUGAUUCUUGGAAGUGGUGAUGCUCUUAAACCUCACUCGCUCCUGCAAUUGCAAUUCUCCAGGGACACCAGACUUCCCAGAUAGCAUGAGACUUGACACUUGCUUAGCUGCCCUCACUCUUCCAGAAGCUGCUCCUGUGAGAAAUUUGGGACUGAGAUAUAGAUUGUUUUCUUUUUCUCCCUCCCCCCCUUGCAAAAUAUAGAGCCAAACUUUUGUUCGUGCUGAUUAUUGAUGAAAGUCAAGUUUUGACCAUUUCCCCUACCUUCUUUACCCUCCCCUCCCCCACACAACAGUAGCAUAAAUGUUUCAAUGGUGUGUGGUAUACACAGGGUUUUGUGAGGGUGGGAAUACCCCAAAAGGGAGUAUAAUUUAAAUAAGAGAAUACUUUUGAUAAUUUUUCUUUUUAAAACUUUGUGAAAUUAUUUCAAAUACAUAUUUUAGUGUUGAAGCAGAUUCAUAUAUAGCUAGCCACCAAUAAAGUAUUGUGUACAAUUUUGGGCAGUCACAAAAUUGUGUAUUUUAUGUUACAAUAAAGGCCUCCUGAAGAGACAAUA